UGGAGCGGCCGAGCGACCCAGCGAAUUCCUGUUACCAUCGAAAAACUACAUCUGCUCUGUUGCUGCACUUGACUUACUCCGCCUCUCAUUGUCCCUUUUGCCUCAAUUGUCUUGUCCCCCAUUCAAGUCAAUUCAGACAAUCACCGCUAGCGUUGAUUGUACUGGAUACAUCUACUUAUUCUCGUUCUUAAUAUCUGUUCUCUGCAUUGGCCGCCACGAUGCUUCGAAGCUCCCUGCGGCAAAAGAGCUGCCAGCUCCUGAAAGCUGGCAGCAGAUCCCUCUGUACGACCUCCUCCCAAACACCACUUCGAAUGUCCUCAAAAGCUUCCAGCACACUGAAGUCGACCUCGAAACGAUAUACUCCCAUCACCCAAAAGCGCUAUGCUGCUGCCGUCGCGAACGCCCCGGACCCAAACGAUAGCUUCCUCUCCGGCAAUACCGCCAACUAUAUCGAUGAGAUGUACAUGCAGUGGAAGGAAGACCCCAAGAGCGUCCAUAUCUCAUGGCAGGUAUAUUUCAGGAAUAUGGAGAGCGGUGAUAUGCCAAUGUCCCAGGCAUUUACUCCUCCGCCCAACCUCGUCCCUACGCCAUCUGGAGGCGUUGCGACAUUUUCGCCUGGCGUGGGCAUGAGUGCUGGAGAGGGCUCAGAUGUCACAAAUCACUUGAAGGUACAAUUACUUGUGCGAGCCUACCAAGCUCGUGGCCAUCACAAGGCCAACAUCGACCCCUUGGGUAUUCGCCGCGAGGCUCAGGAGUUUGGAUACAGCAACCCUAAGGAGCUACGAUUGGAGCACUACCAGUUCACCGAGAAGGACCUCGAUACCGAAUAUACUCUGGGCCCUGGUAUCCUGCCACGAUUCAAGAAAGAGGGCCGUGAGAAGAUGACUCUGCGAGAGAUCAUUGCCGCCUGCGAACGCAUCUACUGCGGCUCAUACGGUGUCGAAUACAUCCACAUCCCAGACAGAGAACAGUGCGACUGGCUCCGUGAGCGUAUCGAAGUGCCACAACCAUUCAAGUACUCUGUCGAUGAGAAGCGCCGAAUCCUGGACCGUCUCAUCUGGAGUUCCAGUUUCGAAAGCUUCUUGGCAACAAAGUACCCCAACGACAAGCGUUUCGGUUUGGAGGGCUGCGAAACAUUGGUACCUGGAAUGAAGGCCCUGAUCGACCGAAGUGUUGACUAUGGCGUCAAGGAUAUUGUCAUUGGUAUGCCUCAUCGUGGACGUCUUAACGUCCUUUCCAACGUCGUCCGAAAGCCGAAUGAGUCCAUCUUCAGUGAAUUCGGAGGAAGUGCUGCUGCUGAGGAUGAGGGAUCCGGUGAUGUCAAAUACCACUUGGGAAUGAACUUCGAGAGACCCACUCCUUCUGGAAAGCGUGUUCAGCUGUCCCUUGUCGCCAAUCCUUCCCAUUUGGAAGCCGAGGAUCCAGUUGUGUUGGGCAAAACCAGAGCCAUUCAACACUACAACAACGAUGAGAAGGCACACAACACUGCUAUGGGGGUUCUUCUCCACGGUGACGCUGCUUUCGCUGCCCAGGGUGUUGUCUACGAAUGUCUUGGUUUCCACUCUCUGCCUGCCUACUCAACCGGUGGUACCAUCCAUUUGGUCGUCAACAACCAGAUUGGUUUCACUACCGAUCCUCGUUUCGCUCGUUCAACUGCCUACUGUACCGAUAUUGCCAAGUCUAUCGAUGCCCCAGUAUUCCACGUGAAUGCUGACGACGUUGAGGCUGUCAACUACGUGUGCCAAUUGGCUGCUGACUGGCGCGCUGAGUUCCGCAAGGAUGUUGUUAUCGAUCUUGUUUGCUACCGUAAACAUGGUCACAACGAGACUGAUCAGCCAUCGUUCACUCAACCACUCAUGUACAAGCGUAUCCAAGCACACGAGCCUCAAAUUGAUAUCUACAUUGACCAGCUCCUGAAAGAUGGAAGCUUCACCAAGGAAGAUAUUGAUGAGCACAGAAAGUGGGUUUGGGGUAUGUUGGAGGAGAGCUUUGCUAAGAGCAAGGAUUACCAACCAACAUCCAAGGAGUGGACCACUUCGGCCUGGAACGGAUUCAAGUCGCCUAAGGAAUUGGCUUCUGAAGUUCUGCCCCACAACCCUACCGGUGUACCUGUCAGCACUCUGGAGCACAUUGGCACGACCAUUGGAACGGCGCCAGAAGAUUUCAAUGUCCACCGUAACUUGAAGCGUAUUCUUGCCAACCGUGUCAAGACCGUCACUGAGGGAACUAACAUCGAUUGGUCAACUGCUGAGGCCCUUGCUUUCGGAUCCCUUGUUCAGGAAGGUCACCAUGUCCGUGUUUCCGGUCAAGAUGUUGAGCGUGGUACUUUCUCUCAGAGACACGCCGUCUUCCAUGACCAAGAGAAUGAGAAGACUUACACUCCUCUCCAGCACAUCAGCAAGGACCAGGGCAAAUUCGUCAUCUCCAACUCCUCGUUGAGUGAAUUCGGUUGUCUUGGAUUCGAGUACGGAUACUCUCUCUCCUCACCGAACGCCCUCGUUAUGUGGGAAGCCCAGUUCGGUGAUUUCGCCAACAACGCUCAAUGUAUCAUUGAUCAAUUCGUGGCAUCUGGUGAAGUCAAGUGGAUGCAGAGAUCUGGUCUCGUUAUGUCGUUACCUCACGGUUAUGACGGACAAGGACCCGAGCAUUCUUCGGGACGUAUGGAGAGAUACCUUCAACUCUGUAAUGAGGAUCCUCGUAUUUUCCCUUCGCCAGAAAAGCUUGAGCGUCAACACCAGGACUGCAACAUGCAGAUCGCAUACAUGACUACACCAUCCAACUUGUUCCACAUCUUGAGAAGACAGAUGAAUAGACAAUUCCGCAAGCGUAAGUCUUCCUCCUCUAAUCAUGGUGCCCAGCUAACAUCUCACAGCCCUCAUUAUCUUCUUCUCCAAGUCUCUUCUCCGCCACCCUCUCGCCCGCUCUCCAAUUGAGGAAUUCACCGGCGACUCCCAAUUCAAAUGGAUCAUCCCCGACCCCGAACACGGCAAAUCCAUCGCCGAGCCUGAAGACAUCGACCGCGUCAUCCUCUGCUCCGGCCAAGUCUACGCCGCCCUCUACAAGUACCGCGCCGACAACAACCUCAAGAACACCGCCAUCACCCGCAUCGAGCAGCUCAACCCCUUCCCAUGGCAACAACUCAAGGAGAACCUCGACGGCUACAAGAACGCGAAAACCAUCGUCUGGUGCCAGGAGGAGCCUCUCAAUGCCGGCGCGUGGAGCUUCACCCAGCCUAGAAUCGAGACCCUGCUUAACCAGACGGAGUUCCAUGAUCGUAAGCAUGUUAUGUAUGCGGGACGUGACCCCAGCGCUAGUGUGGCGACGGGAUUGAAGGCUAGUCAUACGAAGGAGGAGGCGAAGUUGUUGGAGACGGCGUUCUCGGUUACGCAGGAUAAGCUGAAGGGUGAGUAGAGUGGAGUGUAAUAUCGGUACGGGAUGAGAUGGGGAAGGUGCAUUAGAUGAAUGCAUGGAUGGAUGCGUGCAUGCUGGAUUGUAUUAUUGUACAGAAUUGCUGGGAUUACUUCAGUUCUGCUCUGUUUGAUAUGAAUGAGCAGGACUAGUUGUAGUGACCUUGGAGAAUAUGCAUUUUUCUUUUUCCUUGACUUGGUUUGAAUCUACUUUGGAUGCAGCGACUUGUGAUAUGAAUUAACGGAACGGCUCAGCGCAACCCAGCCCGAAUUGGAUGGGAGUAUCGAAAGUGAAAUAAACAGAGGGGGUUUCUUGACUGUUGAUUGGAGUGGAGUUGAGUUGAGUUGAGGUGAUAGUUCCUGGUCUGCUUCUGCUUCUGCUUCUGCUUCCUCGUUUCCAUUGUAAACAUUCUCUCUUUCGCUCCCUUUCUUUCUUCUUUUCUUUUGUGCUUACUUGCUUCCUCGAUAGUCUCUUAGGUGGGGCGAAAAGAAAUUUAGGUAGAUGUCGAGAACGGAAAAUGUGUGGAUACUAUAACGCACCCGCCGCAUUUAUACUUGGUCAAGGAAAAAGGUGAGGGGAAAAGGCAAUUUACAUCUCCCCUGGUCCUCAUUACAUCCGAACGGACUGCAUCAGACCAAAGGCCAGCUCUCCCUAAAUACGAAUGGAAUAGCGAAAUUAGGACCUGAUGGAAUUUAUUUGGUUAAGAUCAAGAUAAAAAAGUAGGCGUCUCUCACCUGCUUCAACUCUUUCUCUCACGAUAAAGGAAAAUGUUGAAGCUAAAGGUAUUUGGAUAUGUUUCAAAAUAUAUGUACAUGGGCUAAGAAACAAAAACGAAA